CGGCACUCAAGAAUCUCAGACUCAAAACACCCUUUCUUUCAAUCUUUCUCACUUCUAGUUUCUCAAAAUCUCACUUUCAGAAUUCAGACUCUCUCACCUUUCACCUUGGUCUUUAUCCCAACCCAGUAACCCUAAAUCCUUCCAUUGCAGCCUAUUGAUCUACUAGAGUUGCUGCUGGAGCCGGACUACAUAUUGCUGCUGGAGUGGACUGCUACCAAGCUACAUGCUGCUGCCGAAUCCAUCUGGACUGCUGCUAUCGAACUCAAAGCCAUCUGCCGAUCCGAUCUGAAAAAACAUUAGGUGUGAGCUCUGGUUUCAUUGCUGUGAAGCUUUCAUUACUGGCUACCUUUCGGGUUUUUUAAGGCUUCAAUUAAUUGCUCUCAGUUUGGUACUGUUUGGUUGUUCUUGGUUUUGUUAGAUCACAAUUCAAUUCUAUAUAUUAAGCUGCAAUCUCUUGGUUUGAUAUAUUGGGCAUAAAAAAUUGGGAAUUUUGAAUUGGGAGAAGAAGCUAACCGACGUCGCUGUGUAGAGGUGACCAAGAAAAUUUACAAUGGAGAUUGGCCAGCUAUAACGGAGUUUAUAUAUUCUGACAUGGGUCGAACAUUUCCACCUAUUACAGACUUUGUUGAAACUGUUCUUCAAGUUGCAGUCAAGGCCGAGCAAGAUGAGAUCGCCAAGAAAUUGGCAAAGAUAAUGUCAAAAGCAGAUCUGGAGAAAAAGGAUUGCAAUGGUCACACAGUUCUCUCCUAUGUUGCAUUUCAGGGAAGAACAAACUUGGCAAAAUUCCUAGUCCCACUGAAUCGAGAUUUGCUUACCAUUGUAGACAAUGCAGGCAAUAUCCCGCUUACUAGGGCAUGUGGUUUUGGCCAUAAGGAGAUGACAUACUACCUUUACAAAGUAACCCCUUGUGAGUUACUGGGACCAGGAAAAGAAGGCAAUCAUGGAUUCCAUCUCAUGCGCUGCUGUAUUGCUAAUAAAAUGUUCGAUAUUUGUUGGGAUCUACUGAAAAAAUAUCCAAGUUUGGCUGUUGGCAUCAAUACACAGGGAGAGUCUCCUAUUGUUAUGUUGUCCCGUCAACCUUCUGCCUUUUACAGUGGGACCAAGCUUUCGCUUUGGCAACGAUUGAUUUAUAGCUGCUUAAAGGUAGAGUUACCAACAAUAACCACCACUCCGACCAGAGACACACAACUUGAUGUUACUGACCAAACUCCCAACAGUGAUAUACAACUUGAUGUUGCUGACCAAGGCUACGAUGAAAGGAACUUUAGGAAACCAGUAUUAAACGGACUUUGUGGAUUGGGUUUAAAGGUGCAAGAGUUUUUCGGAAUCAAGCAAAUUUAUGAUUUGAAGUUAAGGCAUCUCUAUGCAUGUGAGGUUCUUCACUCCAUGUGUAAUCAUGUUUCAGCUUUCGAAGUGAAUCAUCAGCGUGAUGAUUAUGGAGUUGGUGCUCUACUCUUUGAAGCUACCAAGCAUGGAAUUGUUGAAUUUGUAAUUGAGCUCGGUAAAGCCAACCCAUCAUUUGGUUUUAAAACUAAUAAUGAUGGUAGACUCGCUUUCAUGGUUGCAGUCCAACAUCGUCAAGAAAAAGUUUUUAACCUCAUUUAUGGUGCUAAUGAGGCAUGGAAGGCUGAAAAUCUUAAUAAAUCAGAUAUAGAUGGGAACAAUAUUUUACAUGUGGCAGCGGGGUUGACUCCUGAUUUUAAAUGCGCUGGAAUCUCUAGUCCAGCAUUACAGAUGCAGAGAGAACUCCAAUGGUUUAAGGAGGUGGAAAGAAUUGUUCCAGAAUGGUGCAAAGAAGCUAAAAAUAAAAAUGGUGAAACCCCCAAGGAUGCGUUUACCGAGGGCCACAAGGCAUUAGUGAAAGAGGGGGCAAAAUGGAUGACAGAGACAGCAAGUUCUUUCAUUAUUCUCAGUAUUCUCCUUGUGACCAUCAUGUUCGCAGUAUCUUUUACUGUUCCAGGCGGAAACAAUCAAAAUAACGGGUUACCCAUACUCCUAGGCAAAAAAUUAUUUAAGAUAUUUAUAAUUACUGAUGCAAUAUCAUUCUUUGCUGCAUCUACUUCAGGCUUAAUGUUUUUGGGAAUCCUAACGUCUCGCAAAGCUGAAGAAGAUUUUCUUCUGUCCCUACCCCGGAAGUUGAUGAUCGGCCUUAUCACUCUUUUUAUUUCUAUUGCAACAAUGAUGACUUGCUUUUACACUGCUCUUUUGAUUAUGCUACAAGUUCAACUGUGGGCGUUAAUUCUCAUAAUUGUGGCGGCUAUUAUACCAAUUGUGGUUUUUGGAUGGUUGCAGUUUCCCCUCAUUUGUGAAAUUAUUGUCUCAACAUGUUCUUCAGGAAUGUUUCACAGGAAAAUGAAACCGUGGCUUGUCAAUUUACAAGAAACUUGAUCAAUCUUUUGUUAUGCGGAUCAAACAGUUUCAUGUUUUCCCUUCACGUGCACGUUGAAAUACUAUAGUUUGUUUGGGUUAGUUGUGUUGGAAUUCUCAAUUUCUGUGUUUUAUUUGGUUGUGUUUUGACAUUUCAUCUUCUUUAUCAGACUAUGAAAUGAAUAUAUGUACCUUUC